CAGUGGGGGGCUUCUGUCCAUGGUGCUGAAGAUUACUGGGUUUGGCUCUGUCCCGGGUGCUGAACAGCUCCGUGUUGCUGCUGCUGUUGUUGGGUUCGGAGUGACGCGGCUGCCGGAUCACUUCAGUCCGCUGUGCCGCGAUCUGCUGCUGGACUCCGCGUUUGCUGACACUCACCGUGUCAGUGCGUGUGUGUGUGUGUCACAGAGUGUGUGUGUGUGUGUGUGUGUGUGUGUGAAGGCCGGAGAUGUCGGAGCGGAGGGGGAGGGGAAGUCACUAGCGGAAGACAAUGAGUUCAAAGGUCACGCACUGAGCCAAGAGUGAACCAGAGGAAUCAACAUACAACAAGCCUCAGCAUCAAAAUGAGCCAAGACAUCACAGAGACACGAACAAGAACCCGCUCCAAAGCCAUCAGGGCUUCAGAAAUAGUGGGACAGGAGAUGAAACAGGAGUUAAGCAGCUGUCCCACCCCAGGAUGUGAUGGCAAAGGACACGUCAGUGGACGAUACUCCCGACACAGGAGCGUACUGGGAUGCCCGAUUGUGAAGAAAAGGAAGCUGGAGGAGGCCGAGGCUGAGGCCGAGGAGAACCAGUCUGCUCCCAAGAGAAGGAACCAGCCUGCUGUCAAACAGGCAGCGGACGAGGGCUCCACCGCAGACAGUGAAGAAGAGGAGGAACAGAAAGAGGACGAAGAGGAGGAGGAGGACGAGGAGGAGGAGGAGGAGCAGGGGGGAGACCUCAAAGAGAAGAAAAAGUGCAAAAGUAAAAGUCGGCCAGAGUCAGAACAAGCAGACUGCUCAGUGGUGACAGCAGAGGACACGGAGACGGCGGAGACAGUGGUUUGUCCUCCUGCCGAGGAGGACAAGAGCGAAGGUGUCACCUCGGAGACUGCAAACGAGGCUGAAGGUGAGAAAACUGGUUUAGAAGAGAAGGAGCUAACACCAGCCGAUGAAGAUCAUCACCCUCAUCAUCACCACCAGGAGGAAACAAAGGAGGAGCAGGAGAAGGAACAAGGUCUGCUGGUGACAGAGGAGGAGGAGGAGGAGGAGGACACGUCAGAGCCAGCCGAGGAAGAUGUCGAGGUUAUUGAGGCAACAAAGACAAACGAGGACGAGGAAGAGGAGGCAGAAGAACAGGAUGAGGAAGAAAAGGACGUGGAGGAGGAGGAGCAGCAGGACAGGGAAAAUCAUUUUGUGGAGCAGAGGGAGGUGAAGAGACAGAUUCUAAGUCCGGAAAACUCUGAUCACCAGUACUCCAGUGGUGAUUACAAGCAUCAGCCCAAAGACUCAGCCGAGAUGCAGAGUCACAGGGAGGAACCAGAGGAUGAGGAGGAGGAGGGGGAGGAGGAGGAGGAGGAGGAGGAGGGAGAAGGAGAGGAAGAGGAGGAAGACGAGGAAGACGAGGUAGAGGAGAGGGAGGUCCACCAAGAGGUCGACACUCCUUACACUUUGAGUCCACACACUCAGGGAUCAGAUGCCGAGGUGUCACUCAGGGAAGAAAAGGUCAUCACCCCCAUGACUGAGGAAGAGGAGGAGGAGGAAGAUGAGGAAGAUGAAGAGCAGGAAGAGGAGAGGGAGGAUGAGGAGGACGAGAGGCAAGGAAAGGAGGCAGGCGAAGUGGUGGAGGAAGAAGAGGACGACCGGGACUCCAGCAAAGCCUCUCCGACGACAGUGGUCAUCGAAGUCCACUCUGACGACGAUGAUGACGAUGACGAUGAGGAGGAGGAGGAGGAAGACGAAGAGGAGGAGGAAGAAGAGGAGGAAGAGGAGGACGAAGGAGACGAGCAGGAUCGCGUCUCAGAGGGCUCUGGGAUCACGGACGACUCAGAGAACUGGGACAUGACUCGAGGGAACCUGGGUCUCCUGGAGAAGGCCAUCGCUCUGAAGGCAGAGGAGGUGAAGGGAGGUCAGGAGGUCCAGAGUUCACCUGAGUAUCAGCCGUACAGCUCGUCCAGCAGGAGCUCCGAGCCUGCGUCUGUGGCCAGACGCUCGGGUCAAUACAGCAAAGACAAGAAGGAGGUGAAAUGUCCGACCCCGGGGUGUGACGGUACAGGUCAUGUGACUGGACUGUACCCUCACCACCGCAGUCUGUCUGGAUGUCCUCACAAAGACCGAAUCCCUCCAGAGAUUCUGGCCAUGCAUGAGAACGUCUUGAAGUGUCCAACUCCUGGCUGCACAGGCCAAGGACAUGUCAACAGUAACCGCAACACACACCGCAGUCUGUCUGGCUGUCCCAUCGCAGCAGCGACUAAGCUCAAUAAGACCCAGGACAAGCAGGUUGUUUUGCAGCCGACCUCCAGUGAACCCUCCUCCAACUCUGACCGAGUGCUCAGGCCCAUGUGCUUUGUGAAGCAGCUGGAGAUCCCUCAGUACGGCAGCUACCGGCCCAACACCGUGACCACCACGCCUCGGGCGAACCUGGCCAAGGAGCUGGAGAAAUACUCCAAGGUGUCAUUUGACUAUGCAAGCUUUGAUGUCCAGGUGUUUGGAAAGCGCACGCUCAUUCCAAAGUCACCCGGCACUCCUGAAACAUCACCGAAAGCCUUCAAAUCUAAACCAUUCCCUAAGGCCUCCUCCCCGAGUCACAGUGUGUCUGGAGGAUUUUCUAAGAGCGGCUCCUCCUCCAGUGGUUAUGACUACAGCCAAGAUGCAGAAGCAGCGCAUAUGGCAGCAACAGCCAUCCUCAACCUGUCCACCCGCUGCUGGGAGAGACCCGAGACUCUCAGCGCCAAGCCCAGGGAGACCUGCACCAAGGAAUCAGACAUUGAAGUGGAUGAAAAUGGCACACUGGAUCUCAGCAUGAAGAAGACAAAGAGGGAAGGCAUGCAGUCUCUCGAGCCGUCCUCGUCCUCGUCCUCGUCCUCUCAACACACCGGAGUCUCCUUGUCUCAGGGCCAUCCUCAGCCAGAGUGGGAGGGGCCACUGGACUUCACCAAAUCAAGUGGAGUCAAAGACGAAGACCAUGAAGAGGUGGAGAACAUGGCUCCGUCGUACACCUCAUCCGAUGCUGAGGACGAGGACCAGGACAACCUGGAGGACAGGAAGUACCCCGGCGAGGUCACCACCAGCAGCUUCAAGGUCAAGUUUCAGCCCAAAGACAGCAAAAAAGACCUGCUCAUAUGUCCCACCCCAGGCUGUGACGGCAGUGGACACAUUACGGGCAACUACGCGUCUCAUCGAAGUCUGUCAGGCUGUCCUCUUGCUGAUAAAUCACUUCGGACCCUCAUGGCUGCCCACACAGCUGAACUAAAGUGUCCCACCCCAGGUUGUGAUGGAUCAGGACACAUCACUGGAAACUACGCCUCACACAGAAGUCUGUCCGGGUGCCCCAGAGCCAAGAAAUGCGGGAUCAAGUCCACCCCGACCAAGGACGACAAGGAAGACUCUGAACUGUUGAGGUGUCCGGUUCCUGGCUGUGACAGUCUGGGUCACAUCAGUGGAAAGUACGCCACCCACCGCAGUGCCUAUGGCUGCCCGCUGGCGGCACGCCGGCAGAAGGAGGGGCUUCUUAACGGCACUCCCUUCUCCUGGAAGGCCUUCAAGAGCGACGGCCCGACCUGCCCGACGCCGGGCUGCGACGGCUCCGGUCACGCUAACGGCAGUUUCCUGACGCACCGCAGUCUGUCAGGUUGUCCCAGAGCGUCAGCCAACAAGAAGAGAGCCAAGUUGCCUGGAGACGAGUACAUUACUGCAAAGUUCAGAGCCAGUGACGUUCUGGACAAUGACGAGGACAUAAAGCAGCUCAACAAGGAGAUCAACGAGCUGAACGACUCCAACUCAGAGAUGGAGACAGACAUGAUGAACCUGCACACUCAGAUCUCUUCGAUGGAGAAGAACCUGAAGAGCAUGGAGGAGGAGAACAAACAGAUCGAGGAAAGGAAUGAGGCCCUGUUCUUGGAGCUGUCAGGCCUGAGUCAGGCCCUGAUCCGCAGUCUGGCCAACAUACGCCUGCCCACCAUGCAGGAGCCGCUGUCCGAGCAGAACUUCGACAGCUAUGUUGACACCCUCACCCACAUGUUUACCAACAAAGACUGCUACCAGAACCCCGAGAACCGGGCUCUGCUCGAGUCCAUCAAUCAGGCCGUGAAGGGCAUCGAGGUGUGACGGACAGCGGGAGGGCGGGACCAUCACACUGACCACACCUUUUCUUUCCCAUACCCUUCAGAUACUGUGUGUAAUGACUUUCUUCUCAUUUUGGAACUUUGUCCUCUGUUCUUUGCGUUGGUUUCCCGUUUGCAUGUUGCUUUACGAUGGUGUGUGUGUGUGACACGUGUGUGUGUGACAUGUAUGUGUGUGACGUGUGUGUGUGCGUGUGUGUGUGCACACUGGAGUCAAAGGUUUACACUUGAGGCAGGAGUACAGUGUAGAGGCUGAGCCGAGCAGACUUUGUUUAGUUAGUGAACUGAUCUCAUCUCCACUCAGUGAUGUUGAUAGUAUUCUGUACGAGCAUAGUGAUGUUGCACCUUCAGGACUAGUUUGUAGAUUCAUUCUUACAAUUGCUGUCUAACUAUUUAAGUCCUUUGAAAAUGUUGGUUUAAUAAUAACUUAUUUACUCAUGUCCGUUGUAUUAUAUUUAUUUUUUGGCUUAUUUAUUAUACAUUAUUUAUUUAUUUAUUUAUUUAUCAAGUUUUUGUUUUCAUUUGAAAAAUGCUACCUGAGAAGAUUUUAAAAACGGUAAUCAAGAGAAGGUAAUGGUUUCCUCCGCAUUGCUGAACAAAAGAGGAAAUAUUUUAAGAUAUCAACUAUGAAUUGUUUUAUAUAUCUUAUUAUUUAUUUAAAAUACAGGGAUCUUUUUAAGUGCAAAUAUUUUGUAUCUGAAAGUUUUUAAUAAUUUUCUAAAUAUUUUUUUUCUUUGGUGCUUAUGUUCAUAUGAUUUUCCUUUUUAUUUCCACAAACUAUUUUCAGUACAUUGCAAUACACUGUGAAUAUUGAGCUGCACAUAUUUGGUAUUUAUUUGGUGAUGAAGAACAAAGUGAUGGUGACUAUUUAUUUUGUAUCGUCUAUGUGUUUAUGAUUGUGUAUGGAUUAGUCUUUUAAGUUGCUCUCUUGAAAUAAAGGUUAACCCACAGUGCAUGUGGAUUUAA